AUGGCCGACGACGCGCUGAGCCAAGUGGAGGACGAGAUCCGACUCGCGGAAGCCUACCUGCAGCAGCGCAGCGCGCCGCCGUCGGCCGCAACGCCGCCCAAGCUCUCGGAGGCGCGCCGGAAGGAGAUCCUCGCCAAGCUCCAGGACGAGCGCCGCAGUCUCCUCGAGCGAAAGAAGACGCCAGCAUUCAGCGACGAUCUACCAUGGGCUGCGUCGUUCAUGGACACGGCGGCGCGGUUCCCACUGCCGUCACCAACGCAGCAGCCCAACACGGAAGACAUGUCGUACGACGACGAUGGCAUGGCCAACGACAGCGACGGCGGCUACGACGACGGCGACGACAAUAUGAGCUUCCUCAAGGAGCUUCAAGAAGGCGACGACACGCUCUACUUUGCCUCGGAGCUGCCUACGAUGCUGCCGCGGAGGCCAUCGACGUAUGUGGACGACGAGGACGACGUUGCGCCCUGUCCGCUUUGA